AGCCCGUUCGUUUCACUCUUUGUUGGCCCACGUGUGCGAUCAUCGUCGAGCUUUCACAAUGGCUGUUCUCAGGUGGCUUUCGCUUGCUGUUGCAGCUUCCUCUGCGCUGGCUCUGACUCCAGAGCAGAUGCUUAGUGCCCCCCGCAGAUCUGAGGCCAUCCCCAACCCCUCUGGUACCGUGGCGAUCUUCUCUAGCUCGCAGUACUCAUUCAAGUCCCACGAAUCCAGCGCCUCAUGGAGCCUGUUGGACCUCAAAUCAGGAAAAAUCACCCCCCUCACCGACGACAGCAAUGUCUCCGAGGUAGUCUGGCUGAGCGACAAGUCUCUCCUGUACAUCAAUGGCUCCAAUGCCGACAUCCCCGGUGGCUCGGAGCUCUGGGUUUCGGAUGUCUCCAAGUUUGGCUCUGGAUACAAGGCCGCCUCCUUGCCUGCUGCGUUCUCCGGGUUGAAGAUUGCAGCCACCAAGAAGGGAGAGAUUAACUUCAUCGCCAACGCCAAGUCGUACCCCAAUGGCACGGCGUACAACGAGGAGCUUGCUGCCAAGGCUCUCAGCACCGCGCGUAUCUACGACAGCAUCUACGUCCGCCACUGGGACUACUACCUCACGACUGCCUUCAACGCCGUGUUCUCCGGAACGCUCAAGAAGGGCAAGCACUCGCACUACGUCUCGGAUGGAAAACUGAAGAACCUCGUCUCGCCAGUGAAGAACGCCGAGUGCCCGUACCCUCCCAACGGAGGCGCCUCAGACUAUGACCUCUCGGCCGACGGUAAAUGGGUCGCGUUCAAGAGCAAGGCUCCGGAUGUCCCUCAGGCCAAUUACACCACGGCAUACAUCUACCUCGUCCCUCACGAUGGCUCGAAAACCGCCGUUCCCGUCAACGGACCUGACUCUGCCCCUAAGGGCAUCGCGGGUGACUCCAACAACCCUGCCUUCUCCCCGGACGGCAAGAGCCUGGCUUACUUCCAGAUGGAAGAAGACACGUACGAGGCUGACCGUCGCGUGACUUACGUCUACGACCUUUCCUCGAAGGAAAUCACCGCGCUCGCAACAGGGUGGGACAGGUCGCCCGACUCGCUGAAGUGGGUAGACGACGAGACCAUUGUCGUCGGCGCCGAAGACAAGGGCAGCGCUAAUCUCUUCCUGAUCCCCGUCGACGAAGCCACAGACGACGGCUUCAAACCCAAGUGUCUCACCAACGGCAAAUAUGCCACAGCUUACUACCUUUUGUCGAAGAAGUCCCUCCUCGUCACUGGAUCUACCAUCUACACCAAUUGGUACGUCGAUCUCGUCAGCCUCAAGUCCAAGAAGGACGGGGUCAAGACCGUCGCAUCCGCGCACAAAAUCGACCCUGAGCUCAAGGGCCUCGGUCCCGAUGACAUCGACGAGAUCUGGUUCAAGGGUGAAUCGGCUGACAUUCACGCCUGGGUGAUCUACCCCGAGGGCUUCGACAAGAGCAAGAAAUAUCCCCUCGCCUACCUCAUCCACGGCGGUCCCCAAAGCUCAUGGGGCAACUCCUGGAGCAGCCGCUGGAACCCCAAGGUCUUCGCCGACCAGGGCUACGUCGUUGUUGCUCCCAACCCAACUGGAUCUACCGGAUUCGGCGAUGAACUGACCGACGCUAUCCAGAACAACUGGGGCGGCUCCCCCUACAAAGACCUCGUCAAGGGCUGGGAAUACGUCCGCGACAACCUCGACUACGUCGAUACCGCGCGCGGCGUCGCCGCAGGCGCCAGCUUCGGUGGCUUCAUGGUAAACUGGAUCCAAGGCAGCGACCUGGGCCGUGAAUUCCAAGCGCUGGUCACGCACGACGGCACCUUCGUGGCAGACGCCAAGAUCUCCACCGAGGAACUGUGGUUCAUGCAGCGCGAGUUCAACGGGACGUUCUGGGACGCGCGCGAUAAUUACAGACGCUGGGAUCCGUCGGCGGCGGAGCGCAUUCUGAAAUUCGCCACCCCGCAUCUGAUUAUCCACAGUGAUUUGGAUUAUCGCUUGCCUGUGGCCGAGGGACUGUCUCUGUUCAAUGUCCUUCAGGAGAGGGGCGUGCCGAGUCGGUUCUUGAACUUCCCGGAUGAGAAUCAUUGGGUCAUCAACCCCGAGAACAGUCUCGUGUGGCACCAGCAGGUCCUCGGCUGGCUGAACAAGUAUUCUGGCGUUGGCAAGGAGAACAAGGAUGCCGUGAGCCUUGAGGAUACGGUUGUGCCGGUUGUUAACAUCAACCCGCCUGCGUGAUUGAUACUGUACAUAGUAGUAAUGCGAUCUUAUGAGAUUGCUGGAUAUGAA